GAGGAGCGCGCGCUUUCUCCCAAGGUUCCGCCACCAAGGCCCAUCCGACAUCGCAAGGAGCCUGCCGUUAGCUCUGCGAGACCCGAUUGCCGAGCGAGCAAUCCUUUCCGACCCGUCAUGGCAUUUCUCUUCAAAUCCAAGAAGCACCAGGACCGGGGACUCUCGAGCCGAGAUGGAUCGCAGGGCUCCGGGUCGGCGGGGGGUGCGGCAGGCCGUGUGAGGGAAGAGAAGGGAUCUCGAUCCACGCCCACCGGCAGUCUCCAUUCGCUCGACAACGAUGGAAGUAUGGGAAGCCCAGAUCAAGCGUACGCCCGCCAGAGAGGUCAGAGUCUGGAUCGACAGCCGCAACACCAGCAACAUCCAAACGAGCCGCCGUAUCGCAAUGGCACGGCCCCGCAGUUGGCGGCAAACCCGAACGCUUCGUUGUACCCCUGGUCGCAGCGAAGGUUAACCUACACAUCAUCGCACCCGAGCCCGUUUCCGAGAUAUGGUGCUGCAGUCAAUUCGGUUUCGUCCAAGGAGGGCGACAUCUAUGUGAUGGGCGGCCUGAUCAAUAGCUCAACGGUGAAGGGCGACUUGUGGCUGAUCGAAGCUGGUGCCAACAUGGCUUGCUACCCGCUGGCAACCACCGCCGAGGGACCGGGCCCGAGAGUCGGCCAUGCAAGCCUGCUGGUGGGCAACGCAUUCAUUGUGUUCGGAGGAGAUACCAAGAUCGAAGAAACAGACGUCCUCGACGAGACUCUUUACCUGUUGAACACAUCGACGCGGCAAUGGUCAAGAGCGCUACCUCCCGGGCCACGGCCCUCGGGUCGAUACGGCCACUCGUUGAAUAUUCUUGGCUCGAAAAUCUACAUCUUCGGUGGCCAAGUGGAAGGAUAUUUCAUGAACGAUCUAACCGCCUUUGAUUUGAACCAGCUGCAGAACCCCAAUAAUCGUUGGGAGAUGCUGCUUCCCAACAGUGACAGCGGGGUCCAGCCUCCGGGAAAGGUACCGCCAGCAAGGACAAAUCAUACCAUGGUGACUUUCAAUGACAAGCUGUACCUGUUUGGUGGCACGAAUGGGUUCCAGUGGUUCAACGACGUCUGGUCUUACGACCCUGUGACAAAUACGUGGUCACUGUUGGAUUGUAUUGGCUACAUUCCGUGUCCACGGGAAGGUCAUGCGGCAGCGUUAGUCGACGAUGUCAUGUACGUCUUUGGAGGCCGCACAGAGGAUGGGUCGGAUCUCGGCGACCUGGCUGCGUUCAGGAUUACCACUCGCCGCUGGUACACUUUCCAGAAUAUGGGUCCGUCUCCCUCGCCAAGGUCUGGACACAGCAUGACUACGGUCGGCAAGACGAUCGUAGUCGUCGGGGGGGAACCGAGCUCUGCAACGACCGCGGUCAAUGAUUUGGCGCUUGUGUAUUGCUUGGAUACUACCAAGAUCCGCUAUCCAAACGACUCCGGGGCUGCACCGAGGACCAGGCGACCCAGUGAUGUCUCUGCCUCGACAUCUGCCAGGAACACGCCCUCACGCGACGUCUCCAACGGCCCGUCCGAUACCAGGAGGCAGACUGGAGUUCCCAACGCUCCCAGCGGCUUCCGGUCCCCAACAGGCGAUUCCGGUGCACCGAACGGCCAGCCUAACGGCCCUUCCAGGCUUCCGAGAUCGACAGGUCCCCCAGCGCCUGCUGGCCCGCCGCCGCAGGGACAGCCACCAAAGCCGAAUUCCAAUGCGGCGACAUCCCGACCGAGGACAUCCUCGUUGGACCGUCAAGAGCAAUCGCCUACUUCCCCCAUAGCAUCCGCUGCCCCACAACAGGUCUCAGCGCUCCGUGAGGCUGAGAGCGCCGCGGUAAACGGCAGGCGCACUCCUCCCACACAGAAUCCUCCGCGAUCUUCCUCGAGGCAAGCAGAAAAUCAGCCCGUUGAUGCACCUAAAGCGAAAUCAUCCAAACAGGGACGAAGUCAGGGAUCUGUUGACAGCUCGACCGAGCCCACACUCAAACAGGCGGUGCCGCGCCCCUCCUCUCCUCCACCUCCUAAUCGGCAACCUAGCAAUCCUCUAUCUCGAAGAUCUUCUACCAGAAACUCCCAGACUGUUGCUCUGCUCAAGGAACUUGAUGCCGCCAGAAGUCGAAAUGCCUGGUAUGCAUCAGAGCUGGAGCUGGCUCGCAGGGCUGGGUAUGUGCCGAGUACGUCGCUCAGCCCGGUCCUCGACAACCGUGCCAUGGAAACGUUUGACGACGAGGAUAAGCCACUCAUCGAAGCGCUGCUCGCUAUGCGGACGGAGCUGGCCAAUGUCCAGGCUUCCGUCGACAAACAAGCCGUUCUGGCGGCUAAGCAGAUCGCUGAGGCGGAGAGGCAAAGAGACGCCGCGAUUCAGGAAGCCGUGUACGCCAAGGCGAAAUUGGCCGCACGUGUAGGGGGGAGCGCUAACAGCACGCCGCGGCUUGACGGUGAGCAAGACGUAGACGACAGGGUUAGUGAGAUUAGCAAGAAACUUGCGGUCGCGCUCAAUGCCCAGAAGGAACUCCAGGAUCAGCUGGACCGUCUCAGCACCGAAUAUGAAGCCGAGAGGAAGGCGCGCAAGUUGGCGGAUGAGACGGCCAACGCGGCACACAAGAGGAUGGCGGACCUGGAGAACUACAGGCAGCAGAACGCAUCUGAACUUGAGCGGCUUAAGGCUGAGCUGCACUUGUCCCAGCGGGAAGCGCGGGAGCAGUCCGUGGCCGCCGCGGAAGCCGCGGCCUCCGCGGAGAUGCUUCGAGUUGAGAAGGAGGAGAUUGAACAGAAAUACAACGAGGCGGUGGGAAGCUCCAAGGAACACGCGGAAACCUUCGCCAGCUUGCGGGGAGCCGUAGCCGCUUCCGCCGAAACCAAGGCGCUGCUGGAGCGGAAACUCGACGAGGAGCGGGCGCUUCGGGAAACGGUUGAAACGAAGCUUAACAAGCUCAAGGCCGAGCACGAAGCGCGGACGGCGGAGCUGGUCGCCGCCACCCAGCGCCUACGAGAUGCGGAGGAGCUGGCGGAGCAGCACGCCAACGAGGCGCGGCUGCACCGCGAAGCCGUGAUGGCUGGUCUUGAAAAGAUCUCGAUGAAGGAUACGACCAAGUCGGAUAAGGGCGAGAGCGAACGGAUCCGCACUCUUCAGAGUCAGAUUGAUGCCGCCAACGCCUUGGUCAGAAAGUAUCAGCAGGAAGCGGAUGGAGCAGCGGACAAGUUACGGGGCGCGGAAGAACGCAUCGCUGGACUGGAAGCAUACCAAGAACAGGCCAGCCGUGAGGGCGUGUCGAUUCGUCGGCAAUUGCAGAACGCCCUGAGGGAAAUCCAAAGCCUCCAAGCCGGGAACUCGGAGCUCAAGCAGCAAUUGGCCAAGCAACAGCAGGAGACCAAUGCGCUGCUGAUUCAGUACAACGCCCUGAAAGAGAUCCUCGGCGAGAGAGGGAUUUCGCCGACCGCAGCCGUGCGAUCCCGCAGCAGCCCGCGCAACAGUCCACGCGAGGGGUCUCCUGAGCAGAUGCGUCUGCGUGAGCUGGAGCAGCAGCUCACUGCCGCACGGGCAGCGCUUGAGGAGACAAGAAACCAGGCCGCGGCUCAGGCGCAGGAGUCGGAAUCAACAUACCGCGACAAACUGGCGCAGCUUGAGAACGACUAUCAGUCGGCUGUGCAUUACGUCAAGGGCACCGAGAAGAUGCUGAAGCAGCUCAAGGAGCAGCUCUCGCGCUACAAGGCUGAGAACGCCAAGUUGAAGGAGCAGCUGGUCGAGUUAGAGGAGAGGCUCGAGGCCGAGCCCUCAUCCCCUAAAGGCCAGCAGGGCGCCGCAGACUGGGAAACGCAACAGAAGACCUUGAAAGCAGAGGUCGAAAGACUUCAGGCAGAGCUCCACGACACGGCAUCCAACCUCGAAGAGCAACUGAAAUCGCUUCGGCAGGAACUUGCCGACGCCCAGCGCGAACGCAAUGCCACCCUCCAGGACAACGAAGAGGCGAAUCGCCGUCUAGAGGCUGCCAAACGCGACCUAGAACAACUUCAGCAAGAAAAUGCGCUGCUCGAACGCCGCGCCCAGGACGCUGAACAGAAGGUCAGCACACUCCUUGACCAAGUCGAGCUCUCGGUCGACAACUACCGCCGCCGAAGCCGACAGGCCCCAAGCGUCAAUUCGGAAACCACCGGCCUGGGCGGCUCCGGCCCCGCCAACGGCAACGGCGGUAGCAGCGGUGGCAGCAAACACCACCGCAUUCCCGGCCACUUGCGCCAGGAGUCCACCGCCAGCGAGUCGGAGAGCCUCUACGACCCCUCCGCUCCCGGCGCCCAUGGAGAUACCUCUCACCUUAGCCUGGGCGAUGCCCGGAACAGUGCGGCGCUGGACAGCCUGGCCAACGAGCUGGAGACUCUGCGCAGCCACUGGGAAGCGACUAAUAAGAACUACCGGCUGAGCAACACGUUCGACUUUGACGCCAACCCGGUGACGGCGGCCGCGGCGGCCAACGCGUCGUCCGGGAGGAAAGAUGAGAGUGGGGCUGGGCUGGGGCUGAGCGAGAGUCUGGCGGACUGGAGGAAGAGGCUGGAUGAGAGCCAUCCGGAUACUCCUGGUGGGAAAUAGGGCGGGCUCUUGUUCGACGACGGGUUUGGCUUGACGAGGGCGUGGCGU